UGGCUGUCGGCCGAUUUACCAGGUCGUGCUCGUCUUAUGACAUUACAUUGUCUCUUGUGGCAGGCCAGGUAGCCUUUUUGCAGUCCAAUGGCCGACAAUCGGGUUCCGAUCAACUACCAAACGCCUCCUUUUCCGUCCCUCUAUGAGCUCUUCCCGACCAAGAGUACUGGUGCAUACUACCUCUACUAUAACAAGGAUAUCUGGCGUUUUACUCUGUACUGGACCUUGAUCUUCUAUGGCGCAAGCCAUCUGCUGGUCGCGGCCUGGGCUGUGGCCAUGCAGUGCAGAAGCUGGAAAGCCUGUCUUGCGGUUCCCUUAGUGUACAUGGUCAUAGGUGGAUUGGAGGCGCUUUUAGCGGGGAGUAUAAUUGGCCUCGUCUUAGGUGCAGUUUAUGAAGCGGGUAAUUUCAGAAUGUCGACCUGGAUCCCCCUUUUGUGGGGUGGUAUCAAUGUGUUGGUCCUUAUCCUAUCUAGCUUCCCUAUCCCAGGAGGACUAUGAGGAAGACGAAUCGAGAUGCCUUCAUGGCCACCACAUUCCCACACAUUCCCUUACCUGCUGUGUCGAUAACAGGUACUCACGGACAGCAUGAUCGUCUUAUUAUGGUCGAGAGCGCAGAUCCUCGUCGA